AUUUGACUCGCCUCCUUCGUUUGACUUGUCCUUUUUACUUCCAACAUUCGCUCGGCCUCUUUCUGACUUUCGACUUUCGACUUUCGACCUUCGUUCUCCCUCUCCCUCUCCCUCCUUCAAUCCUCUUCUCGUCGUUCUCUGCCAUCAACCCCGUCUUCUCCUCGCCCACCAUGACGGGCAGUCGUUCCCUCCUUUCCUUGCUCUCCGCGGCCUCCCUGCUGCUCAACGGCGCGUCCGCGGCCGUCGACCCCAUCGUGAUCCAGGGCUCCAAGUUCUUCUACAAGACCAACGGCACCCAAUUCUUCAUCAAGGGCGUUGCUUAUCAACAAGGUGUCGGCGCCGCCGGUUCUACAUCCCAAUCCACCAACACUGUUUACAACGAUCCUCUUGCCGACGCUGCCUCCUGCAAACGAGACGUUCCAUUACUCCAAGAGCUCGGUGCCAAUGUCAUUCGAACCUACGCUAUCGAUCCCACGCAAGAUCAUUCUGAAUGUAUGUCCUUGCUCGAUGCUGCCGGCAUCUACGUGAUUAGCGAUCUUUCGGAGCCCAAGCUUUCCAUCAACAGAGAGAGCCCAUCAUGGAACCUCGAACUUUACAAUCGAUACACUGCCGUCGUCGACUCCUUGGCCAACUACACCAACGUGAUCGGUUUCUUCGCUGGUAACGAAGUUACCAACAAUGCAUCCUACACUCCCGCUUCCGCCUUCGUCAAGGCCGCUGUUCGCGACACCAAGGCCUACAUCAAAUCCAAGGGAUACCGUACCAUGGGUGUUGGUUACGCUGCUGACGACGAUGCUACAAUCCGUGCCGAGGUGGCCGCAUACUUCAACUGCGGUGACCACGCUGAUGGAAUUGACUUCUGGGGAUACAACAUCUACUCAUGGUGCGACCCUUCGGACUAUGUUACUUCGGGUUACCAGAACCACACCCGGGAGUUCGCCGACUACAACGUCCCCGUCUUCUUCGCUGAGUACGGUUGCAACACCGGAGACGCUCACGGUGCUGCUGGACGAGACUUCUCCGAAAUCCCAGCUCUUUAUGGCCCUGAGAUGUCUGUCGUCUUCUCGGGAGGCAUUGUCUACGAGUAUUUCGAAGAAGCCAACGACUAUGGUCUGGUCUCCGUCUCGGGCAACACAGUCAGCAAACUUAAGGACUUCAACGCUUUCUCCUCUCAGAUCCAUAAAAUCUCCCCAUCUACGGUGAGCGCCGCCGCCUAUACUCCUACCAACUCCGCCGGUCAAGCUUGCCCCACCGUUGGCUCCGAGUGGCAGGUAGCAGCAACUGGCCUUCCUCCCACACCGAACAAGGAUGUCUGCGACUGCAUGACGAGCACCUUGAAGUGCGUCGCCAAACCCAACCUCGACCCCGAGACCCUCGGCGAGCUCUUCGGCAAUGUCUGCAGCUUGUCUCCCAAAGCAUGCGCAGGCUUUGCGUUCAACACCACUCAAGGCACAUACGGUGCAUACCUCGGCUGCAACGCCCAGGACCAGCUCUCUAACGCUUUCAAUGCUUACUACCUCGAGCAGGGAUCAGCAGCCACCGCCUGCGACUUCGGCGGCAAUGCCACCGUGGUCAAGCCAGCUGGCGCCGCCUCAUCCUGCUCCAGCAUCAUCGCCGCAGCUACAUCAGCAGCAGCAUCAGGCGGCAACAUUGGAGCCGCUAGUGGCACCGGCAGCAGCAGCAGCUCAACAGCAAGCGGGAAGAAGAGUGCUGGAAACGCUGUCCAGGCUUCGUUGUCUCUCGGAUCUUGGUGCUGGGUGGCUUAUCUCUCUACGGUGGUCUUGUCAGGCGCGGGCAUCUUCUUCCUCUAAAUACCUUAAGCAACCACGACAUGCUUUCACGUUUUUCUCCC